AUGCGAACCCAUCGGCUACUCGUUCAAAAUCCAACUCCGAGAAACUUCACAACCUUCACAAGGAAAAAACUAACACAACACUCACUCUUUCACUCUCAUAGACCUCAUUCUUUAGCUUAUUGCCCAUCAAAUGACAGGGAAAUUGGUCUUCAACGUAUGCAAUUCCGAGAAGUAUGCAGUACUGCUACAAGCCAAGAACCGUUUUCAUCAGCUUCUCUGUCAGAUUCUCUUUUGGUGGAGAAGAUUUUACUGGGUCUGAAGCAAGGUAAUCUCAAUUCUUUGCGCAGUUAUCUGUUUCGAUUAAACCCAUUGCUUGUUGUUGAGGUUCUUAAUCGGUGCCGCGAAAAUUUGCAACUGGGUCUGAAAUUUAUUGAUUUAAUUGUGUUAAAUAGUCCGAAUUUUAAGCAUUCGUCGCAGUCUUUGAGUGCAAUGAUUCACUUGUUGGUGCGGGGUCGAAGGGUGUCGGAUGCACAAGCUUUGAUUCUUAGAAUGGUUAGGAAGAGUGGUGUUUCGCGUGUUGAAGUAGUUGACUCUUUGGUUUCAACUUAUAGCAAUUGCGGCUCAAGUUCUUUGGUCUUUGAUUUGUUGGUCAGAACUUAUGUGCAGGCUAGGAAGUUGAGAGAAGGGUUCGAGGUGUUUCAGCUGUUUAGAAGCAAGGGAUUUUGUGUUUCGAUAAAUGCUUGUAAUAGUCUUCUUGGUGGGCUUGUGAAGGUUGGGUGGGUUGAUUUGGCAUGGCAGGUAUAUGGGGAAGUUGUUAGCAGUGGGAUUCAGUUAAAUGUUUAUACACUCAAUAUUAUGGUUAAUGCCUUAUGUAAAGAUCGCAAAAUUGAUAGUGUUAAAUCGUUCUUAUCAGACAUGGAAGAGAAAGGGAUUUUUUCAGAUAUUGUGACAUAUAAUACACUAAUCAAUGCAUAUUGUCGGGAAGGGCUUUUAGAAGAAGCUUUUCAGUUAAAGAACUCUAUGUCUUGUAAAGGGUUGAGACCUGAGGUUUUCACGUACAAUGCUAUCAUAAAUGGUUUAUGUAAAGUAGGAAAUUAUGCAAGAGCGAAGGAAAUUUUGUGUGAGAUGUUGAACAAUGGAUUGAGUCCUGACACUACUACAUAUAAUACGUUGCUUGUUGAGAGCUGUAGAAAAGAUGAUAUUUCAGAGGCUGAGGGAAUUUUCAAUGAAAUGUCAUGUAGAGGUGUUAUUCCUGAUUUAGUUAGCUUCAGUUCACUUAUUGGGGUUUUUUCGAGGAAUGGACAUAUUGAUCAUGCUUUAGUAUAUUUUCGAGAUAUGAAAAAGGCAGGCUGGGUUCCAGAUAAUGUGAUCUAUACUAUCCUUAUACAUGGAUAUUGCAGAAAUGGAAUGAUGUUAGAAGCUUUGAAGUUGCGGGAUGAAAUGCUUGAGCAAGGUUGCAUUAUGGAUGUGGUCACGUUCAAUACUAUUUUAAAUGGGCUUUGUCGGGAGAAGAUGCUUUCUGAUGCAGAUGAGCUCUUCAACGAGAUGGUGGAAAGGGGUGUUUUUCCUGAUUUUUAUACGUUCACAACACUCAUUCAUGGAUAUUCUAAGCACGGGAAUAUGACUAAAUCCCUAAAUCUGUUUGAGGCGAUGACUAAAAGAAAUAUCAAGCCUGACAUUGUCACAUACAACACAUUAAUCGAUGGUUUCUGCAAAGUAGGUGAAAUGGAUAAAGCUAAGGAGUUAUGGGCUGACAUGGUUUCUAGAAGGAUAUUACCCAAUCACAUUUCAUAUGGCAUUCUAAUCAAUGGAUUUUGUAGCACGGGACAUGUGCAUGAGGCGUUUAGGUUGUGGGACCAGAUGAUUGAAGAAGGUAUCAAACCGACUCUAGUUACUUGUAACACUGUCAUUAAAGGCUAUUGCCGCUCUGGCAACACAACAAAGGCAGAUGAAUUCUUAGGCAAAAUGGUUUCAAAAGGAAUCGUUCCUGAUAGUAUUACUUACAACACUCUGAUUAAUGGAUAUGUAAAAGAAGAGAAUCUGGACAAAGCUUUUUCUGUCGUUAAGGAGAUGGAAAACCAAGGAAUAUUGCCAGAUCUGUUUACAUACAAUAUAAUUCUAAAUGGGUUCUGUAGACAAGGUAGAAUGUACGAAGCUGAGCUAGUAUUGCGGAAGAUGAUUGAGAGAGGUGUAAAACCUGAUAGAGACACUUAUACGUCAUUGAUAAAUGGACAUGUGACCCAGGACAAUUUGAGGGAGGCAUUUCGGUUCCAUGAUGAAAUGCUGCAAAGGGGAUUUGUGCCAGAUGAUGAAUUCUAG